CCGGGCAAGAGGAAGACCUCCAGUAGCUCCCCGCGCAGCGCGGCUGUGUUUGCGGCCUAUUCGAGUAGGCGCUUCGGAACCAGUCUCUGAGUCGGGCGGCGCGCAGAAACCUCGAACCGGUGGAGCCUACUCAUAACCUGACGCCCAGAGGCCGCGAAGACAGUACCGUUUUCUUAGCGGCGGGUACUAUACCAACUGCCUUCCUAAGAAAGUGCUGAGAUAGAGUAUUAUUAUAAUACAAGAGCUUCUGAGUCUAUCCUGAACUUAGUUCGUGUACAUUUUGGGAACUUAUUUUAGAAAAGAUCUAAGUUUUAAAAAAUUCUCAAUGGACAGACAGAGAAAAGAGGGUCUUUGCCAACUCCUUUGGACUGGUGCAGUCAGAAUGUCUUUUCCCCCUCAUUUGAAUCGCCCUCCCAUGGGAAUCCCAGCUCUCCCUCCGGGGAUCCCACCCCCACAGUUUCCUGGCUUUCCUCCACCAGUACCUCCAGGGACACCAAUGAUUCCUGUACCAAUGAGUAUUAUGGCUCCUGCUCCAACUGUCCUAGUGCCUACCGUGUCCAUGGUUGGAAAGCAUUUGGGAGCAAGAAAGGAUCAUCCAGGCUUAAAAUUAAAAGAAAAUGAUGAAAAUUGUGGCCCUACUACUACAGUUUUUGUUGGCAACAUUUCUGAGAAGGCCUCAGACAUGCUUAUAAGACAGCUCUUAGCUAAAUGUGGUUUGGUGUUGAGCUGGAAGAGAGUGCAAGGCGCUUCUGGAAAACUUCAAGCGUUUGGAUUUUGUGAGUAUAAAGAGCCUGAAUCUACCCUCCGAGCCCUCAGAUUAUUGCAUGACCUUCAGAUUGGAGAGAAGAAGCUACUUGUUAAAGUUGAUGCAAAGACAAAGGCGCAGUUGGAUGAAUGGAAAGCAAAGAAGAAAGCUAAUGGGAACGCAAGACCAGAAACUGUCACUAAUGAUGAUGAAGAAGCCUUAGAUGAAGAAACAAAGCGAAGAGACCAGAUGAUUAAAGGGGCCAUUGAAGUUUUAAUCCGAGAAUAUUCCAGUGAGCUAAAUGCCCCCUCACAGGAGUCUGACUCUCACCCCAGGAAGAAGAAAAAGGAAAAGAAGGAGGACAUUUUCCGUAGAUUUCCAGUGGCCCCAUUGAUCCCUUACCCACUCAUCACCAAGGAGGAUAUAAAUGCUAUAGAAAUGGAAGAAGACAAAAGAGAUUUGAUAUCCCGAGAGAUCAGCAAGUUCAGAGACACACACAAGAAACUGGAAGAAGAGAAAGGCAAAAAAGAAAAAGAAAGACAGGAAAUUGAGAAAGAACGGAGAGAAAGAGAGAGGGAACGUGAAAGGGAACGAGAAAGGCGAGAACGGGAACGAGAAAGGGAAAGAGAACGUGAACGAGAAAAGGAAAAAGAACGGGAGCGGGAACGAGAACGGGAUAGGGAUCGUGACCGCACAAAAGAGCGAGACCGAGACCGAGAGAGAGAUCGGGACCGGGACCGAGAAAGGAGCUCAGAUCGAAAUAAGGAUCGAAGUCGAUCAAGAGAAAAAAGUAGAGAUCGUGAAAGGGAACGGGAACGGGAGCGAGAGAGAGAACGGGAGAGAGAACGGGAGAGAGAGCGAGAACGGGAGAGAGAACGGGAGCGUGAAAGAGAGAAAGACAAGAAAAGAGACAGAGAAGAGGAUGAAGAAGAUGCAUAUGAACGAAGAAAACUUGAAAGAAAACUUCGAGAGAAAGAGGCUGCUUAUCAAGAGCGCCUUAAGAAUUGGGAAAUCAGAGAACGAAAGAAAACUAGGGAAUAUGAGAAGGAGGCGGAAAGAGAAGAAGAAAGAAGAAGAGAAAUGGCUAAAGAGGCUAAACGAUUAAAAGAAUUCCUAGAAGAUUAUGACGAUGACAGAGAUGACCCAAAGUACUACAGGGGUAGUGCUCUUCAGAAACGGUUGCGUGAUAGGGAGAAAGAAAUGGAAGCCGAUGAGCGAGACAGGAAGAGAGAGAAGGAAGAACUUGAGGAAAUCAGGCAACGUUUACUGGCAGAGGGGCAUCCAGAUCCAGAUGCAGAGCUCCAGAGGAUGGAACAAGAGGCUGAGAGGCGCAGGCAACCUCAAAUAAAGCAAGAGCCAGAGUCAGAGGAAGAAGAAGAAGAAAAGCAAGAAAAAGAAGAAAAACGAGAGGAGCCUGUGGAAGAGGAAGAAGAACCAGAGCAAAAGCCAUGUCUCAAACCGACCUUGAGACCCAUCAGCUCCGCUCCGUCUGUGUCCUCUGCCAGCGGCAAUGCCACACCUAACACUCCCGGGGACGAGUCUCCCUGUGGUAUUAUUAUUCCUCAUGAAAACUCACCAGAUCAACAGCAGCCUGAGGAACAUAGGCCAAAAAUAGGACUAAGUCUUAAAUUGGGUGCUUCCAAUAGUCCUGGCCAACCUAAUUCAGUGAAGAGAAAGAAACUACCUGUAGAUAGUGUCUUUAACAAAUUUGAGGAUGAAGACAGUGAUGAUGUGCCCCGAAAAAGGAAACUGGUUCCCCUGGAUUAUGGCGAAGAUGAUAAAAAUGCCGCCAAAGGCACUGUAAACACUGAAGAAAAACGCAAACACAUUAAGAGUCUCAUUGAGAAAAUUCCCACAGCCAAGCCUGAGCUCUUUGCUUAUCCUUUGGAUUGGUCUAUUGUGGAUUCUAUACUGAUGGAACGCAGAAUCCGGCCAUGGAUCAAUAAGAAAAUCAUAGAAUACAUAGGUGAAGAAGAAGCUACUUUAGUUGAUUUUGUUUGUUCUAAGGUUAUGGCACAUAGUUCACCACAGAGCAUUUUAGAUGAUGUUGCCAUGGUACUAGAUGAAGAAGCAGAAGUUUUUAUAGUCAAAAUGUGGAGAUUAUUGAUAUAUGAAACAGAAGCCAAGAAAAUUGGUCUUGUGAAGUAAACUUUUUACACUCAGAGUUACAUUUCAGAUUUCUUCUUUCACACCCUUCAAAGGACUUGGAAUUUUCUGUGUCUUCAAAGACAUUUGUGAGAUCUGUAAUUUUUUUAAUGUAGAAAAUGUGAAUUCUUUUGUCCUCUAAUUUGUUGAUGCUGUGUACUCACUUGGUUGUAAAACCAUCUGUGUCCUUGGUUCUCUUUAUACACCAGGCACAGAUUACUGGUGUGUUUUCUAAGCUGCAGCUACUGUACACAGCCUAUUUGAUAGAAUCUUGUUCUGCUGAUUCGUUCCCUGUAAAUAUUAAAAUGGCUCCCCAAUUCUUUUGCAGAAUUCUACUUAAUAUUAAAACUGUAUUGUAUAGGCGCCAACAUGAAUAAGUUGAAUACUAGUCACACCCAUUACAGUCUCAUCCCCACGUCCCUCAUCAGAAAUGACAAGCAAGCUCUUGUAAAGGCAUGGAGUUUAAAAUUAGAUUGCAAAACCUAGCAGACAGUUCAUUCCUAAUGUAUCUCUGUAUUAAUGUGUUUAUGUGAAUGUAUGUAUAAAAGUCUUUUUUAAAAUUCUUUUGGUGGGCUCCCUUAAACAUUUCGUAAUUCAUCAAUACACUCAUAAAAGAAAAGUAAUUAUUGUGCCAACCCAAAUAACUAGGAUAAUUAUGGUGUGUUUCCCAGAGGCUGGUAUUCUGCAGUGAGCAACCAGCUUUGUGUUCUUCUGUGAAUAGGAUGAUACAUCAUAAUCUUAACCCUCCCUUAAUUUGAUGGCUCACAAUUGAAGCAAAGGCUAAAAGUCUGGAGCAUUUUACUCAAUACAUUUUCAACUAACUCUAAAUCUUUAUUUAAUUUUGGUGUAUUCAUUUUAAUAAAACAAUUCCAAAAGUAUAAGGGAGGGGAGGAGCUCACCUUCUUUUUAAAGCAAAUGACCAGGGAUUACCUCAGUGGGCGAGCUUAUGCUUAGCAUGUAAGGGCCUGGGGUCUGUUCCCAGCAACAAUAAAUGAGUAACUAAGGUAAGUUUACAAAAGAGAUUUGACAGAACACAGUAGUAAUUCACCGUGGUAGUUAAAUGUUUACAUCUUUCUUCCAAAGAUACACCAUUAAAGACAGGUUUCUGCUCACAACGUUUUAUUACUGGUCAUCAAGCUUUAGCUGUAUUGAUGACAAAUCGGCUUUAUUAGUAAUUCAGAAGAUCACCAGGGGCAAAAUUUAUUUGAAAAGUACUAAGUUCUAAACAGCUCUGCCAACAGAGUAGGUGUGGCUGUUGCCAUGUUUGCUUAUUAAUAAGAUAAAGACUGGAUUGUUAGAAUAAUGUAACUGUGAGCUUGAGUUACUAGGUUGUUUUGUUUUUUGUUUUGUAUUUUUUUUUAAACAUUUGAGAGGACAUCCAAAACACUGUUCUUAAUGUUGAACCUUGACAUGGCUUCAUUAUGUAAAUAUUUCAGUUAUUAAAAAUGUAUAUAUUUGAUCUUGGA